AUGAAGGUUUGUGUCUUUCCUAAACUGGAGGAAAUCCACCUUAGCAACAUGAAGAGAUUAAGAGAUAUAUGGCAUACUAAAGUGAACAUUGAUUCUUUUUCUAGUCUCAUUUCGGUGAACAUUGAAGAAUGCAAUCAAUUGGACAAGAUUUUUCCGAGUCACAUGGAAGGAUGGUUUGAAAGUUUGAUUAACUUGAAAGUUUCUAACUGCAAGUCCGUGAAAGAGAUUUUUGAAGUUAGUGAUUCUGAAGAAAUAGAUGUAUAUGGUGGGAUAGACACAAAUUUGCAAGUUAUUCUUCUUGAAGACCUCCCGAAAUUGAAGGAAUUAUGGAGCAAAGAUCCACAUGGAAUUUUCAAUUUUAAAAAACUUCAGACUAUAGAUGUAAGUAAUUGUGAUGAAUUGAGGAAUUUGUUUCCAGCUUCUAUGGCAAAAGAUGUAUCAAAGCUUGAACGUAUGUCAAUAUUGCAUUGUGAGAGGAUGGUGGAAAUUGUUUCAAGUAAAGAUGCAUCAGAAGAUAACAAUGAUACAUUAGAGUUUCCUGAACUAAGCUAUGUUAGAUUAUAUGAGCUUCCAAACAUCAAGCAAUUCUACAAGGGGAGACAUCCAAUAAAGUUUCCAAAGUUGAAGGAAUUGUGUAUAGGGAAGUGUAUAAACCUUAAUACAUUUCCACAAGAAACAAGUGAAACAACAAGUGAUGAAAAGUUUGUUUUCUCAAUUGAAGUGGUAAGCAUUAUUCAAACUUUAUCAUAUUCAAUCAAAUUUUUAUGA